UGGACGAGCAGUCGGCUUGGCGCGUGUCACUAGCGUCGAGCUCUCCAUGUUCGGCUUGUCGAGGCAGGCGCAUUCAAGGAUUCAAGAGCUGUCACUCACACAAUGCCGCCUCGACCGUCACCCAUCUUGCGCCAAUUGGCCUCACUUGCCUCCCGCCCUCGCAUACAAUCACAAACAAGGCCUUGGAUCUGCCGCCAAUGUCAACAGUCUCGUCCUGUUCUACAAAGAAGAUCAUAUGCCAACCAGCCCGCCGAUGACCCUUCCUUCACCUCGAUUGUCGAUGUCCAGCCUCAGCUUGUUCGCGUUGGCGGUAGAAAACAUGGCUGGGGCCUGCUAGUUCUGGCUAUCAUUCCCAUCACCGCCUUUGCCCUGGGCUCAUGGCAGGUCGCUCGACUUGGCUGGAAGACUGAACUUAUUGCCCGUUUCGAAGAUCGCCUCGUCCGCGAUCCUUUGCCGCUACCACCCAGUAUAGACCCCGCUGCUAUCAAGGACUUUGAUUACAGAAGAGUCUACGCCACCGGCAAGUUCCGCCAUGACCAGGAGAUGCUCAUUGGUCCGCGACUACUCGAUGGCAACGAUGGUUAUAUGGUCGUAACUCCGCUUGAGCGAGACUUUGAAGGUUAUCCUGGCAACACAAAAGUCCUGGUCUGCCGAGGAUGGAUUCCUAAAGACAAGGCAAACAAGCGUGCUAGGCCCGAAGGCUUGCCACAAGGCGAAGUUACCGUACAGGGUUUGCUGAGAGAACCAUGGAAGAAGAACAUGUUCACUCCAGAGAACAAGCCCCAAGAGGGAGCCUUUUAUUUCCCUGAUGUCCAGCAGAUGGCCGACUUGACCGGCAGCCAGCCUGUGUGGAUCGAGGAGACUAUGAAGCCUGACCUUGUUGAGCAUUACGAUAGAGAAGCAAAGGGUGUGCCUAUCGGGAGACCGGCCGAAGUCAACCUUCGAAACAACCACACACAGUACAUUUUCACAUGGUACUCUUUGGCAGCUGCUACAUCUGUUAUGCUCUGGAUGGUCAUCAAGAAACCCUCAUCUCGCACUGCUCGUAGAGUGCGCCAGUCAGGUCAAUGGUAAAUAUGUAAAUAAUAGCACCUUGCCUACUUUGUUGCGUCCAAUGCGACAGAACCAUAUGCAAAAUGCACUCCAUUUGUUACGUGAUCACCGAACCUUGCCUAAGUGAACGCGAUCCGUGAUGAAGUCUGAGGCCACUUCGGCGGGAACCUUCAUUAAACCACGCCAAUGAGGCAGCUUAGUCGAUGUGACCGUUCCAAUGGCAAAUGUAUUCAUAGGAGGACUAUGAUUCGUGUAUGGUUCAAAGAUGGAAAGAUAGACUCU